GGUUGUGAAUAGCAACCCAAUCGCCACGACUGCCAGCAGAGACAUCACGACUAGAUCGAGAAACUUUUCUUCGGUGUCGACGCAUCACCAGGGCGGAGGAGGUGCAGCGGGUCCUGGGACGACUACGACGAGGAGUUCUUGCAGCACUGCUUCACAGUCUUGCCGCAACAAUUUCAGCUCUAGUCGGCAGAAUCAUAAUCACAACUUCUAUCAAAACCAGAGGCUGUCGUACGCGCAGUACCAGCAGCAGAAAUAUGAGCAGAUCCAAAGGGACCGUGCCUACCGCCGCCGCGUGCGAGAACGGGAACAGCAGUGGUAUUACCAAAACCAGCAGGAGGCGCUACAGCGGGAGCACGAGCUGUACGUAGAGCAGUGGGAGGAAGAGUGUCGGCAGAGGAAUCAACAUUUUCACAUGCUGCAGCAACAGGAACAGCAACAAUACGGAUACAACCAGCAACAUCAAAAUAUGAACCAGUUUGAUAAUGAUGCUCCACCCCAUGAUGACCCGGGUCGUGGGCAACAGCAGAUGAACCAGCAGCAGCAUAGUGUUCAGAUGCAGGGACAGUAUCAGGAGCAAUUGUAUCAUCGCCAGCACCUCCGCCAGCAGAAUCACCAGCAGUGUCAGUACCAGGAGCAACAGUUGGCGCUAGAACAGGAGCAGCUGCGCGAAGAGCAGAUGCUCUUGGAGCAGGAGAUGCUUCGGGAGCUAUCAAAAUGAAAAAUCCCCCCUCCCCACAUCAAAACGAAAUUUCUGAUGCUGGAUUUGCGUACACAAAUCCGAUUUGUAUUGCAGGAAGGCACUGCGGCCAGAUUCCCAGGCUAGGUAGGGGCGUAUGAGUCUAGUUGUUCAGCAUGCCAAACGGCUCCCCUUUAGGCCCAACAGCAUGGCAAAUCGCUUCCGUAAUGGGGCGGAGGCUUCUGCCCUUGUCUUCUUGCAAGACAGACGUGAUUUGUGACCUCAAAUCAGCAGCGCAAAUUUUCGAAAACAUAACUUUGCAAUAUGGGGAGGGGAGAUUUUUCAUUUUGAUAGGAGCAGCAGAUUUUCCAAGAAGAGCAGAUCAUUCGAGAACAGGAGGAGCACAUGCGUUUGCAGGAAGAGGAGGAGAUGCGUCGCCGGCGGCAGGAGGAACAGGACGAACAGCUGCGGCUGGGGCAGGACCGGAACAUCGAUGAUGUGGUGCACAUGCAGUAUCAGACGCAAUUGGAAGAUUAUCAUGCGCAGGAGCAAGAACAGGCGGGGGCUGUUGUUCUGCCUGCGGAUGUUGUGCAUCAGCAGUACAGCUGCAACCAACAAAUUGUCACCCCACAGGAACAACGCCAGCAGCACGUCGUGCUGCUGAUGCCCUCGCAGCGGCCUUCAGGAGCUUCUGUAGCGGGUUAUGUAUGCGGAUCACCUCUCGGGUUGGUGCCACCUGUCACAAUGCAUCAUAAUCUGCCAGGGGGCGCAGCGGUGAUGCAUCAUAAUCAACAUCUAAGCGACCACGCAGUAGGACAGCAACAUUGUUCUUCAUCGGCGCAAUUUAUGAACACCACUAGUACGGUCUGCAGCCCGUACGCCGGCAACUACCCCAAAAUGGCAGUUGGAAGUCCCAGUGGUUUGGUGCUCCAAGAUACGGGGAUCGAUCAUUACCUCCAGCAAGAAGAAUUCGCGAAGCAGCAAAACAAACAAGAAAAACUGCGGUUGCAGUUGCAACAGCAGGGAUAUAAACCGGCAGCUUGUCAAGGUCCAGAGGAAGAUCAUUCAAAUGCUGGGCCACACAAUGUUAAUUCGAUGCCGCAAACGGUGUCAGAGGAACUUUUUCACCAGCAAGUUGCGUUGCAGCAACGGUUAGAGCACGAGCUGGAGCAGCAAUUGAUUGAAGCUAGUCAAAAUAAAAAGUCCUCAACCUCGACCACGAGUGUCUUCCCUUCACUCGACGAGCAGCUGCAACACCAAGGGCUGCAACAAGAGGAACAAUACCAGUACGACUUCUCAGGAUCAUCCUGCGCUCAGAGCGUCUCCGAGAAAAAUUUUCCGCGCGACGGCUCGCGAGGUGGAGCGGGAGUCGAAGUGGUGCAGCAGUAUGAUCUACAGUCUGGAAUAAAGACAAACAACUACAAUGGCGCCGGUCAAGUAGUCCAUGAUACAGUUCUUGCCGCGAGGACGGACGCCGUGCAGGAGGCUGCUUCCAUGAUCCCCUCCCCGGCCACGGCAAUGUACAACGACGCCAUGUAUCAUUUGCAGCAGGGCGAUUCCUUUAUGCUGGACUCCGCCACCGGAGCCGGCAAUGAGAAUGACCAAAACGCGGGCGGAGCUGCUUGUACAGCUGUUUUUUCUUUCUACUUAUUUCGAUUGAUUCAUUUUGAUUUGCCGGACAGAAGAAACAGCACGUCAAGCCACUUCUGAUAAAAAUAAAACCAUCUUUCUGCUUGUUGCUGUCAAGUACAUUCGUUGCCUGUGGGUGUGGUGUACUUAUAAUUCUCGGUUACGUGGUUAAGAAUACCUGGCUGCGUUUUUAUAUUUUGCAUGUCGAACAAAUUAAAAUUAUCGGCAUGACGAAAAGUAUCUGAAAAACCAAACAGGCAACACAAAUCCGAGUUACGCCUUUCACGACGCGCACCAGCUGAGUACCAAGUCGACGGCCGCACCGACCGUGCCGAGUUACAAUGGCAAGAUGUCGGAUCCGGACACGAAGGACAUUCUGGUGAACGAGAACAAAAAAAUGGCGCACGAAAACACAACAACUACCGCCGGAGCGUUUUUUGCCAACCAAUCCCGGAUGGGUGGGUCCUCUGGUGACACGUCUUCAUGUGAAACUGCGGAAAAUUUUGAUCCGGUCUGGGUCCCGCCCCAAGGUGGUUUUAACGGCCGGGAGGAAAGCGAAAAUCAUGGAAAUCCAGCUGUGCAGAACAACGAGGACCACGAAGCGGUUAGCAAGAAGAACCAACAGCAACAUGAACAAAACGUGUAUAGUAAUCAAAAACAGAGCAACACAAUAAAUCAUAAGGCGGCGCAGCAGGAGAAGUACAACUAUGCUAGCAGCUCCAAUUUGUAUCACAGUUUUACCAAAAACCAUCCAAGAGCCACAUCGUACGCUUCAAGCACGACGAGUCACCAGAAUUAUAAAGCGACAUCUUCGACGACUUCGACGGGAUUUUACAAUAGUUAUUCGGAGGUCGUAAAGUUUGGAAAAAAUAAACAUAACGCCGGGUCUAAUAUUACCAGUGGUUCCACGACACAGGUGAAUCUGCAGGGAAAUUCAAAUUUUGGAAGUAGAGCGAGCGUGUCUGCAUCGAGUAAAAAAACGAAAACCACGACGACGGCGAGCGUGGACCCUUUUGCGGCACUGACCAUGCAGUUCUCGGAUGCUGUGCAAGAGAACGUGGAGCGCUGCAAAAAGGAGCGGGAGGAACGUGCCGCCGGUAAUGUUGGAGGGCAGGUGGUAGAGAAGGAAUUGGAUCACAAAUCUUUACUGACCCAGUUAUUAAACGACCUGGAUGAAGAUUGCGACGAACAGUUGUAAGCUCUCCACUCUACUUCCUUGAUGUUUUAGUUUUUUUUUUGAGAUAUGGAUAGACUCAUUUCACACUUUUUACCAGACCUCUGGUAUUUGAGAAGCAGAUGCAGAAAGAUACAUGAAAUAUGUUGGCAAGAGAGGAUCUGCAAAUAGGCAUGUUCUAGGUUUAAAGUUGCUUUGUAGUAUGUGCAUAAAUGACAUAGAUAAAGACCAUUGUCUAAGAAAACGCUGGAGCAAUGUGAUAAGCAAGUAAUCGUUUAUGAGCUUCGAGCUUUGUACCGGUAAAGUAUCGAUACAGUUCUCGUUUCCGUGUCGGAUCGGACAACACAGUGAAAAAGCUAAGUUUUUUUAGAACCGGUGGAUAUAUAUUGAAUAGAAUUUUCUUUCAUACUCAUAGCUCUAAGAGAAUGUUAUACCCUAUUAAUUGUUUGGCUACAAACUAGUACUCGAACAGUAUUUAUCUUCUUCACAAGAGUACCGGAAUGCAUGUACCGCCGUCGCGGCAUCGUCAAUUAAGUAUCAUAGCAGCAAGUUUUGGGCUGCAGAAUAUUUAGGUAAGUACGUUCGGCCGGCGGGGGCGGAGAUGAAUUUCGAGCUGGCUCUCACGAAAGACGCGAUGCUGAAGUUGUUGCGGCUUUGCUGCAACCAAGGCGCGGAUGUGGCAAGGUCACGGCGUGAUACCUUCGGUCACGCUCAUCAAUUUGCGAGUACUGAAUCCUUCUUAUGAUGAGAAAUUUCUUAUCCCAGGAGCAAUGCAAUAGUACGAGUCAACGUGUCAUCAAGGCAAAGGCUGUAGUUUCAGCAUUUGUUGCAAUGUACCCAUGUUAGACCACAAGUUGAGAAAAACAAACGCAGCACCUCAUGCAUACCUACGAAACAAGCUCAUAAGCUGACACUGAUUUUUUUAUUUUUUGCGCUCUAGGCAUGAUUUUCGUUUUCAAUUGAUUCGUGCAAAUGCUAGUACACUUUUCUGUGAUGUUUUCUUUGUACCGGAAAGUCUAGUCAAGCCUAGUUCAAUUUCAGGAUUUCUACAACCUGCAGAUCUACAAUAAUCUCUCUCUGCAGGCGAGACCGGAGCUAAAUGUUGCGACCUUGCUUUCCUUUUUUUCUCCAGCAGUUUGAACUUGUUUAUGAAGUCAAGAACUGAUCAUAGGUUUUCGCUCUCAAAUGUUAGAGAAGUAUAUCGAUUUUUUACAAGUUUUCUUUUUGUCUUACCGACAGCGUACUCGAAAAAAGAUUAGGUAGUACUCUACAUUUUGCAGUUGUCUAUAGAAAACAACGAAACUCGUCUCGCUUUUUCGUGGCUACGUUGCGUUUCCACUAGUUGGCGAGGCUGGUAAAACGAUAACGACUUGAGAAGUUGUCUUCCGUGUAUGUUAUUUGUCGUUUCAACAUCCUAGCUACUUGGUAUAUAGAAUUCUAUGGACUAGAAACAGCUCAAUCGUGACUGCGAGGAGUGUUUCGCGAUGCAGCGGACGACGGGCUUCGAUUUUCAGAUCAGAAGCAAGGCCAAGUGGUCUUAUUCUUACAAACACGGAGACUGCGGAACAGUGCCAUGCGUCAGAAAAAGUAUAUGGGGAGUGCCACUUCACGUAUUAAAAAAAAAGCAAACGGUUUGAAGUUGAACAACAAAGGCGAAACGUAGGGGGUCUGUGCUUGCCUGCUGACACAGUUAAAUGAACCUAGGUCAACAUCAAACGCAUUUUCGAACAGGAAAUGGAAGCUACUGAUCGGUAAUCACUCGUGCCAGGAACUCAUAUACUAAUACUUACUUUGCGACGAUAUGUUUACAACUAAGUAGAGAAAGCGGUAGUUCUUGUCAGUGCGCACCGACUUCCUUUGAUUCGGGAACGAGAAAGCAGGGUAGGAAAUCUUUCGCACUGCAUGAAAUCGAUCUCAAGGCACAGGCGCACAAGAUAAUGACGAAAAUCAGGGCUUUGUGUUGCUGUUGCGUUGCCGCCACAGCUUCCUACGUUUUGUUGUAUGUGCAAAUCUUUAUCACCGUAGAUAGAUUACUUAAGUGUGAGUCUAGCCAGUACGAGUUUGUAGACAGCAUGGCAUAGCUAUACUUGCAAUGCGUGUUGAUGUCGUGUUUUGCUUUCAGCUGCUACCGAUGAAUCUUGAAUGACGAAGGUGACAAAAAACGAUGAUAGACUGGUGGAACCUAUGAACGCUUGACGUAAGAAAUGGCACAGUCUGACUCUGAGUCUACUCCUUGUUGUCCCGCAG